AUUAAAAAAUAUUUUUUUGUUUAUGUCCUGUUUUUCAACAACCUUCGCUGCCGGUCGUCAAGAGUAACGGUUUAACACAGAUGCUCACAGUUGCUAUACGCUUAAUCGAUAUUCCAGCAUUUUUCCAAAAUCGUUUAAAAUUUCCAAAAUUAAUUUAUUUUAUUUUAAAUUAAAACAACAAAAUGUCAACAAAAGAUGAUUGCAACAGACUUACAGGACAAUUCCUAAACGAUUGCAAGGACAAUAAUUUGGAUGUGGACCAAAAUUUUGCAUAUUUCUUCAUACAUCUCCUAACACGCGAUGCACGUCUCGGCCUACAAAAGCAAGAAUCGAAUAUUUGCAGUUUAAUGCAAAUCCGAAAAAAUGCACUUGAAUUGUAUACGAACAAAACCGAUCCAACAAUGUCUAAUUUGCUAAUGAUGUAUCGUUUUAAGAAUUUUCGCGAAUUAAAUAUUAAUUACAUGAAACAAAUCUACGAGGCGAACUUUCAAAAGAAGUUGCAUAACCUCAUAGGGGGCAUACUGCAAUAUCCGGAGACGAGCACUGACAAGCAGCUGGAUGAAAUGCUCUAUAAAAUACAAGUCUUUAUCAUCGCCUGCUAUAAUAUUGGUGAUCCGAAGAAUCAUGUGCUGUUGAAGCAAACUCGACAGAGUCUUAAAAGCGUACUCAGCCGCGGUGAUUUGCGUGACUUUGUAUUGAAGAAACGUUAUCAUCGCCUGGAAUACCUGCAGCGUUUGACAACUACUGUAUGCGGCAUACUCAUCUAUAACAACUGCGAUCCGAAUGGCGAACGGGAAAAUAUGCGAGAUAUCUUAACGGAUAUACAAAUGGCGAAAACAAAUACGAGAGAAUCACUAGAAGCCGCACUGGAAGAUAUUUCACGGUAUAUAACAACUGGCAUAGAAGCUAUGGGCAGACUAAUACGUGUGGACACGAAAGACAAAAAAGUGCACUGCAAAUGGCCAAUAGAGAAAGUGCGUGAAAUCAAUAAAUAUGUCAUCUUAUUCAGUUCUUAUGAUACGCUGGUGAAAAAAAUUGUCGAAUCAUUUGAGAAAACUGAAUAUCUCGUCAGUUUGGAUCAAAAGAAAAUGGAUUGUAUUAUAGAGAAAAUUAAUGAUAUAUUAAAAUAUCGCACAGCAAUCGAAUCGCAGUUGGUAUUUCCACAUUUUAAAUAUCUCUCCGAACUUUGGACCUCAUUACUGCUAACACUUAGUCAUUUGGCUGAACUGAAUAGAUUAAAAGACAUGUUAGAUGCAUGUUUAACGAAUGAAGUGAAAGCGAAUUUCCGUAAGCUUCUAAAAAUAACCGAAGUUCGACGUAAAGUUAUACAAAAAGAAAUUUUACCCACAUUUGAUGAAUUAAUCGAACGCACUAAUAAAAUACAUCCUGUAAUGACGUCAUUGCAAAACGUUGAGGGCAACUUUCAAAAUUAUUGCGCAUUAACAAUCGCACUAACGAAUGGCCUACUGUUGCCCGCUACUCUCCAGAAGAAACUUUGUGAAGAUACGAAAUUUCUUUUCGGGUUUGCAAACAUGGAUUUUGCAAAAUAUGCCGAACAUCAUUUUGAUGAAUUUAUACAUACACUAAAAACGACAAUUUAUACUUCGGUAGAUCUUAUACUGCUCUUCGGUGUAGCUGAUGCAAUAUUGCACGAAGAUAUUGUAACCGAGCAAAAGAGACGUAAGGGUAAAUUGUUGGAAAGUGGCACACAAACGGAGAUGGUAGUUGUGAACGUUUUAACACCAUCGAAUCGGAUUAAUGUCACUUGGAAUAAAUGGGAUUUUCAUCGUGAGACUCUGCAUUUGGCCUAUAUAAGAAAGCUACAGACGCGCUCACAACAGACUGCACUGUCAUUCGGUACAAUGAAUGCACAAAACGAAAGUUUGCCAUUCGGACAUGGAACAAAUUAAUUAUAAUAAAUUUUUGAAUCAAUGUUGCAUAUUUAUGUAAUGUGAAUGUACUUACCUUUUAAAUCCGCAUUUGUAUCGUAAAUGGCUAGCAUGUCAUUGCAAACAACAAAUAAAUGAUUGUACUGCCAGUCAAUUGAAUAAA